GGGGGUGUGGAGGCAGGUCAGUAACGUUAAUCUUCCGAAGCAAAUUAUCCUAGUGCGCCACGGGGAGAGCCACGCGAAUGUGGAUAAAACAUACUACGAAACCACAGCUAACCAUAAAAUCUAAUUAACAGAAAAAGGGGAAUCCGAAGCCAGAGAAGCCGGUCAGAAGAUACUGAAGCUGUUUAAGAAAUCAGAGGGAAUGGACUCAUCAGGUGAUCAUUCGCCGAACUGGAAUGCCUACUUUUUUGUGUCUCCUUACGCCCGGACAAAGUCUACUGCGCAGGGGAUUUGUGGAGAAAUUAUCCAGGAUAUUUGCAGGGAGAAAUGCGGGGAAAAUUGCCAGGGGAUUUGCUGGUCAGUCCUGUCUGAACGAGUUGUCGGAAUUAAGGAGGAAUGCAGAAUCAGAGAGCAAGAUUUUGCGAAUUUCCAGACAAAAGGUGAGAUAUCUGGUAUCAGGACAGCAAGAAAUAAUUAUGGAACGUUCUUCUUCAGAUAUCCAAAAGGGGAAUCCCCAGCUGAUAUUUACGACCGAAUUUCAACUUUUCUGAAAACAUUAUGGAGGGAUAUAGACAUGAAAAGGCUUUCCAGUGACCCUUCUUCUCCUGAGUUGAGUAUUGUGAUUGUUUCCAAUGGAACGACAAUUCGAGUUUUCCUCACGAGGUGGUUCAAGUGGAGCGCCGAGCAGUACAACGAGCUAUGGGAGACAGGGAACUGCGAGAUCAGAGUAAUGACCAAAGGACCGAUUGGAGAAUACAGUUUGGCUUUUGAACAUGAUGAAGAAACCAUGAAGAGAUGGGGCCUGUUUGAAGAUACAAUAAAGGAUCAAAUCCACCGAAAAGAUGCUAAACCUGGAGAAUAUGUCUGGAAGGAAAAUAGUGAAACGUACAUUGAAAACUUUCUUUCACGCACCUGAUCCUGAAUUCCUGAUCAUGGAUCCGUUCAGAAGAAUGAGAAAGCC